AAAUGAAGCCUUUGAUUACCCUCAUAAAAAUUCCACUUAAUCAAUACAAAGUCUUGCUCUCUCGCUCAAGUUCAAAUUUCACAAUGUUGCUUUUUUAUUAAAGCUCAUCAAUGCAUCAUUUGAAUUAGCAAGUAGAGACCAGGUGGAUGUAUUCUAUAGUACCCCUUUUGUUCCAAAUUAUAAUAAGAAUUUGAUCAAACUUGAAAUAUUUUAACUCUCAAAAAAAAGUUAAAGAAAGUUGAAAUAACUUAUAAACAGGGCCUUUUCUGCAACGUUUUCUCUCUCUCUCUCUCUCUCUCUCUCUCUCAAAUUUCUUUAACUUCCGGCGGUAUCGGAUUCUCCGAUCCAUCGCGCUGCAUAUUCGCUACGUGCCGAACUGCCGAUCGAUCGAGCUUCAUAUUAUACCAACUAUAGCCGGGACCAGAGAAGACCCUGCUGCUUUCCCAUCUCUCAUUUGCAUAUCCAAAACGUACGUCAGCUAGUGCGGCCGUUCGGGUGCCUAUGGCGGCGCCAAACCACGUCGACCACCACCAGCCGGCGGCCGGCGCGUCGUCGUCGGAUUCUCCAAAAGUUGGUGGCCACGAGCCAAGUGUCGUAUCGCCAGAUGAUCGUAAUCCGACUCGACUCCUUGGGAUGCCGAUGGCCGCGCCGAAUCAAGUCGAUCAGCCCCAGGCUGCUGCUGCUGCGGCGGCGGCGGCGGCCGGGGCGUCCGUUUCUUCUGCCACCGCCGGCCACUGUCCGGGCGUAGCGCCAGAUGGCGACGACCUUACUCUAACCCUAACCAAACAAUUUGCCACAGCAACUCUCGAGACGGCCGCCGCCGCCGCCGUGGCGAAUAAUAAGUCGUCGCCCGGUGUGUCCGAGUCGUCGCCUCCUAUCCGGGCGAGCCUAGACACGCCGCCGGCGGCGGCGGCGGCGAAGCCAGCAGGCAGCCGCGCCGAGCGCCGGGCGCGGCGGCGCACGAGGCUGCACCUCAUCCGGGUGCCCACGGACUACCUGCGCGCCGGGCAGGAGAGCCGCGACCGGAGCCGCAGGCGGGAGCUUGUCCGGCGAUGUGUCGGCAAGCUCUUCGAUGUCCACGAGGACCGCGCGAGCGAGCGAGGCAUCUCCGCCAUGAUGGCUCGCCUGACCACGACGCUGAAGUCGGCGUCUGUGGGUGGAGGUGACGCCGCUGUCUCUGCCGCGGCGUCGUCGCCUGAGCAUGCUGGGCUGGCGGAUCUGCUCGAGAAGAUGGCGCUUUCGAAGAAGCGUUGAUCGAGGAUUCGAGGUAAACUAUAAACAACAUGUUCGUCUCCUCCUGAAGACCUGAACCAUCCCAGUCCGAGAGCGAUAAACUACUGGUUUUUAUGAUGGGCCGAACAGAAGUACAAAAGAAGUGGGCCGUGGUAGCAGAAUUGAAUCCAAUUUGGCCCACUGUGGUAGUAUCUUUGUUACUUUGUGAACAACAUUGUUGGUUUGGCGGGCGUUUAACAUAGCGGAUUGAUAGUGACAAUUUAAUUUUGUGUGACCCUGAGUCUCCGUCAUCAUCAUUAUCUAACUCCAGUGCCAACCACGUUUGUCCACCUGCUCCAAAUCUAUGUACGAACCUAAUAACCCAUUAAAAAUAUUCCUUGCUCAAAAUAGAAAGUUUAAGGUUCGCGUGAUUUUAA